GCAGCGGCGGAGCGCAUAGCGGGUUGAGGCAAUGCAGAGGAGGGAGAGUGGAGGGGGGCGAGAGUUUCAGUCCAGUGUCUCAUCCUGCCAAAAGAGCAACAGUCCCACAGCGAAAAAACACACAGGCGGAAACCAGCGCUGGACAUGGAGCACUUUGGGUUGCGUUAAUACGGGUUGAUUUUGUGAGUUUUUACGCGUAACCAAGACGGACAGACUGAGCAAACAAAUCACGGAGCAGUAGAGGACAGCCGGGGACGCUCGCACCGCUAAUAACAGAGAUGUCCCUGCUCUGUGUCGGAGUGAAGAAAGCCAAGCUGGAUGGACCCCAAGAAAAGUUCAACACCUAUGUGACUCUGAAGGUACAAAAUGUGAAGAGCACAACCAUCGCUGUCAGGGGCAACCUGCCCAGCUGGGAGCAGGACUUCAUGUUCGAAAUCAAUCGGUUGGACUUGGGUCUGACAGUGGAGGUGUGGAACAAAGGGAUGAUCUGGGACACCAUGGUCGGUACAGUGUGGAUACCUCUGCACAGCAUCCGACAGUCAAAUGAGGAGGGUCCCGGGGAGUGGCUCACACUAGACUCGCAGGUCAUCAUGGCCGACAAUGAGAUCUGUGGCACCAAAGACCCCACUCUACACCUGGUGCUGCUGGACACGCGCUUCGAACUGCCUUUGGAUAUUCCUGAGGAUGAGGCACGCUACUGGGCCAAAAAACUGGAGCAAAUUAAUGCCAUGAGGGACCAAGAUUACUCAUACCAGGAAGAACAGGAGCGGCCCUUGCGAAUGCCGGGGAGCCAGUGCUGUAACUGGAGUCUUUGGGGAGACCAACAAAAUGAUGACCAAGACAGCGCAGUGGACGACCGAGACAGCGACUAUCGGAGUGAAACCAGUAACAGCAUUCCUCCUCCAUAUUACAGCACAUCACAGCCCAACGCCUCUGUCCACCAGUAUCCCAUCAACCACCAGCAUCGCAACUCCAGGAGUUACUCAUAUCCACGUUCAGGCAAUAGCCACGACCAUGACUACCACCACCAGAGGACGGUCAGUCCAACAGGGAGCUAUGCCUCAUCCGCAGAGCUCAGUCGCUGCAGCAGUCAGUUGAGUGAGGAGGACUAUGGUGGGGAGUAUGGCGAGAGGGACCCCUACGAUGAAAACGACUCCUACCACUCGUGCCACUCCUCCGUCAGCUACAGCAAAGGCUCUCCAGACUGGGAUGAGACACAGGGAGCAUACAGCGACGAAGGCGGCUACAGCAAAGAUGGAGGCGAGGACACUGCUCUGUAUGAAGAAGAAGACGGGGAGUUGUAUGAAGAGGGACUGUAUGAAGACGAUGAGAUUAUGUACGAUGAUGAAGAUUUGUAUAAUUUAGAUGGCACUCUCAGUGAGGACAUGGAGCCCCCAUUCACCCCCACACCCACAUCUACUGCCCCACCCUCACUGGACGUACCCAGUGCCAGACCACAGCUGGAGAAGCAGUCAUCGAUCAACCAACAACAGCCUCCUGCACAGCAACCCAACCAGACAUCUAACCAGGGACAUCCUCCUAACAUGCCCCCAGCAACGCAGCCAAAUCAAGCAGCUACACAACCUCCCAAACAACCUCAAGCGCAACCACAGCCAGCACCUUCCGCCACCUCCUUCUUCUCAAUGGCCAAACCUUUCACAUCGGCAGUAACUGGUCUGGCUUCCUCCUUCUUGUCUUCAGUACCAACAGCUCAAUCCACCCAAUCGCAGCCCCCCACGUCAAACAUGUCCCAGCAAAAGCCCAAUGCUGCUACCAGUCUCCCACCAUCACACCCAGCCACCAUAGGGACCUCGCAACUACCCUCUGUGACUCCAGGCCAAGAGCAGACAACGAACAAUGCUCAGCAACCACAGGCAGUAACAGAGAUAGCAGAGCCCACAUUCACAGAGGAGGAGGAAACUCUGCAACUGGAGCAAAAGGACUGGAAAGAAGAGGAAGCGAUGACAAUGGAGAAGGAAAUCAAAACACCACCGGGACUGUCAGAGGAGGCCACUCCCAUAGAGGAGAGGGAGGAGAGGAGGGAAGACAGCAGGCCCCUAACACCUGUGGAGGAGACUGAGAUACCCAUUGAGAGUGCUCCUGUUGUAGAAGAACCCAAAGAGCCAGUGGAUCCUGCUGUCAGAGCCAAAGAGAACUGGUUGAGAAUCUACAAUAAAGUUUUAGACCAACUUCGAGAGGCACGAGGGGAGACUUCCAACUCGCUGUGGUUCGGUAAAGGAGGAAUGGGCGGUGCACUCUACAGUAUUGACAGCAUGCCCGACCUUCGCAAAAGGAAAGCUAUUCCACUCGUACGAGAUUUGGCUAUGUCUUUAGUUCAGAACUCUCGUAAAGCAGGCAUUACCUCAGCCAUGGCUUCCACCACACUGGGCAAUGAAGAGCUGAAGAGCCAUGUUUAUAAGAAAACUCUACAGGCUCUCAUCUAUCCCAUCUCCUCCACAACGCCACACAACUUUGAGGUGUGGACCGCCACCACUCCCACAUAUUGCUAUGAGUGUGAGGGUCUGCUGUGGGGUAUCGCUCGGCAGGGCAUGCGCUGCUCCGAGUGUGGAGUGAAAUGCCAUGAGAAGUGUCAGGAUCUACUCAAUGCGGACUGUCUACAGAGAGCUGCAGAGAAGAGCUCAAAGCAUGGAGCAGAGGACCGGACACAGAACAUCAUUAUGGUCCUCAAAGAUCGGAUGAAAAUUCGUGAGAGGAACAAACCUGAAAUAUUUGAGCUCAUUCAGGAAGUGUUUGGUUUAGACAAGACAACACAUGCCACACACAUGAAGCAGAUUAAACAAAGUGUGCUGGAUGGGACGUCCAAAUGGUCUGCAAAGAUCAGUAUUACAGUUGUGUGUGCCCAGGGUCUCCAGGCAAAAGAUAAAACUGGCUCCAGUGACCCUUAUGUCACUGUCCAAGUCGGAAAGACCAAAAAGAGAACUAAGACCAUUUACGGCAACCUCAAUCCAGUGUGGGAGGAGAGCUUUCACUUUGAAUGUCACAAUUCAACCGAACGCAUCAAGGUCCGAGUUUGGGAUGAAGAUGACGACAUCAAGUCUCGUGUGAAACAGCGGUUUAAGCGCGAGAGUGACGACUUCUUGGGACAGACCAUCAUUGAAGUUCGCACGCUGAGUGGAGAGAUGGACGUCUGGUACAACCUAGAUAAAAGAACUGACAAAUCUGCUGUGUCUGGAGCUAUCCGGAUGCACAUAAGUGUAGAGAUCAAAGGAGAAGAGACUGUUGCACCUUAUCAUGUCCAGUACACCUGUCUACAUGAGCAUCUUUUCCAGUACACCACAGAGGAACAGAACAGUGGUGUGGUCAAAAUCCCAGACGCCAAAGGAGACGAUGCGUGGAAAGUGUAUUUUGAGGAGACUGCUCAGGAGAUUGUGGACGAAUUUGCCAUGAGAUAUGGAGUAGAGUCAAUAUACCAGGCUAUGACUCACUUUGCCUGCUUGUCCUCGAAGUACAUGUGCCCAGGAGUCCCAGCAGUCAUGAGCACCCUUCUCGCCAAUAUUAACGCCUACUACGCCCACACCACACAGUCCUCCAACAACGUCUCAGCUUCAGACAGAUUUGCUGCCUCCAACUUUGGUAAGGAGAGGUUUGUGAAAUUACUGGAUCAGCUGCAUAACUCCCUAAGGAUUGACUUGUCCAUGUACCGGAAUAAUUUUCCUGCCAGCAGCCCUGAAAGACUGCAGGAUCUCAAAUCAACUGUCGAUCUGCUCACAAGCAUAACAUUUUUCAGGAUGAAGGUCCAGGAGUUGCAGAGUCCACCGAGAGCCAGUCAAGUGGUGAAAGACUGUGUAAAGGCCUGCCUAAACUCAACCUAUGAGUACAUCUUUAACAACUGCCAUGACCUGUACAACAGGGAAUACCAAACAGACCCUUCAAAGGCUGUGCCUCCAGACGAGCAGGGCCCAAGCAUCAAAAACCUGGACUUCUGGUCUAAACUCAUCACUCUCAUUGUGUCUAUCAUCGAGGAGGACAAAAACUCAUAUACACCCUGUCUUAACCAGUUUCCGCAGGAACUGAACGUCGGCAAGAUAAGUGCAGAGGUGAUGUGGAACAUGUUUGCACAAGACAUGAAGUAUGCUAUGGAAGAACAUGAAAAGCACCGGCUUUGUAAAAGUGCUGAUUAUAUGAACUUGCACUUUAAGGUGAAAUGGCUAUAUAACGAGUACUGUAAAGAACUACCUACUUUCCAGAAACAUGUGCCUGAAUAUCCAGCCUGGUUCGAGCCAUUUGUCAUCAUGUGGCUGGAUGAAAAUGAGGAAGUAUCCAGAGAUUUUCUUCAUGGAGCUCUGGAGAGGGACAAAAAGGAUGGGUUCCAGGUCACAUCGGAGCAUGCCCUCUUUUCCUGCUCAGUGGUGGAUGUCUUCUCCCAGCUCAACCAAAGCUUUGAGAUCAUCCGCAAACUCGAGUGCCCUGACCCUCAAAUUGUGGGCAACUAUAUGAAGAGGUUUGCAAAGACCAUCGGUAAUGUUCUUCUCUCAUAUGCUGACAUCAUUGCCAAGGAGUUUCCAAAUCACGUCAAGAAGGAAAAAGUGCCAUGUAUCAUCAUCAAUAACAUUCAGCAACUGCGGGUUCAGUUGGAGAAAAUGUUCGAGGCCAUGGGAGGAAAGGAUCUCAAUCCAGAAGCUAGUGAUUUCCUUAAGGAUCUACAAAACAAACUCAAUAACGUUAUGGAUGAUCUUAGCCGCAUCUUUUCUGUCAGUUUCCAGCCACAGAUUACUGACAAUGUGAGACAGAUGGGGGAUAUCCUUGCACAGGUCAAAGGUCAAACUGUUCCAGCCAAUGGUAGCGUGGUUCAGGAGGCUGACAAUGUUCUGCAACCCAUCAUGGACUUCCUGGACAGCAAUCUGUCAUUGUUUGCAAAGAUCUGUGAAAAGACCGUGUUGAAGAGAGUGUUGAAGGAGCUGUGGAAACUGGUGAUGAACACGAUGGAGAAAAUCAUUGUGCUUCCAACGCUCACAGACCAGACGGGAACUCAGAUGAUCUUCAAUGCUGCUAAAGAAUUGGGCCAACUUUCAAAACUAAAGGAGCACAUGGGGCGGGAGGAGGCUAAAGCUCUCACUCCAAAGCAGUGUGCAGUAAUAGAGCUGGCUCUGGAGUCUAUAAAGCAAUACUUCCAUGCCGGUGGAGUGGGGCUGAAAAAGACCUUCUUGGAGAAGAGUCCGGAUCUGCAGUCUCUGCGUUACGCUCUGUCUCUGUACACACAGGCCACUGACAAACUCAUCCGAAAGUUUGUCCUUUCUCAACAUGCUCAGGUGCACGGAGGGAAAGGGAUCAGGUACACAGCAAAUGAAGACACACCACCAGAGAAACCUGCAGGAGUGGAUGCCGUUGGCGAAGUGGUCAUGCAUGUGGACAUUUUGCCUCAACCAAAUGGAGAACACAAAAUUGGCAUCAAAGUGGUGGCGGCGAAUGAUCUGAAGUGGAAGGCACAGGGAUUCAGACCUUUUGUGGAAGUCUACAUUAUCGGCCCUCACCUCAGCGACAAGAAGCGCAAAUUUGCUACUAAAUCCAAAAACAACUGCUGGUCUCCUAAGUUUGCAGAGAGCUUCCAAUACUCCCUGGGCACAGAGUUGGGUCCGGAGAACUACGAGCUGCAGGUUUGUGUGAAAGACUACUGUUUCGCUCGUGAGGACCGCUGUGUGGGAAUGGCUGUCCUGCAGGUCAAAGACAUUGUGAAGAAGAACAGUGUCACCUGCUGGCUGCCUCUGGACAGGCGCGUGCACAUGGAUGAGACAGGGCUCACCGUGCUGAGGAUCUUAUCUCAGCGCAACAAUGACGACGUGGCUAAAGAGUUCGUCAAACUCAAAUCAGACCAGCGCUCGUCCGAUGAGGGGCGCAGCUGAAGGGGCACACAGGCACAGACCCACUAAAGACAGAGUAUUAUAGUAGGUCACCCUAAAUGAAUAUGUGCAAUCAUAAGCACACAUAAAACACUAUUGUAAAUACAACCUCAUACAUUGCAAUGUUACCAAUGCAAACAUAAACUGUGUUUAUAAUGUUGAUAAUGGAAUACCCUCAACAGACCUCUAGGCUUUUGUUGAGCCCUCCAUUUAGCACUUGUGAAUGCCUCAUUACUUUUUAUACGCUGUACAUUUAGAUGUGAUAUAUUGCAACACUGAUAAUUCCAAAACCAUGUGAAUAGUUUGAGGAGAACGACCACUUUGCACUUUGCUUCUUCUUGGUGUCAGGAGAGCAGUCUCAGCCCAUAGCUAUGCUCUGUCCCUCUGUCUGCCUGCUGCUUGACUGCGUCUUAGGUCCAAUGUUCUUUCUCUUUGGUCAUUAUUGACUCUGUGUUGCAAGUCAAGGCCCCAGCAGGAGAAGCACCAAAAUACUGAUUUGUAUCUAUGGGCACUACUCGUCUGUCCUGUCACGAACGUCCUGCAUGUAGACCCCAGGAUCACUGUGAGUUACUUGGCAAUUGGCGACCACCACCUUUCCCCAGUAAAGAUGGGUGUCUGUAAUAUGUGUGUGCAUGGUGCAUAAUAUAAACCCUGGAACAAGGUCUAACAAUAACCUAUGUGACCUUCCUUAUCAAUCCUAUGACCUGUUAUUUUACCACUGGCAUCUCUUCUGUUCACUUCACAACAGCAAAGCAAUACAUCAUAUUUUAAGGAAUACAUCCAUGGAGCAAGCAUUACCUUUGAAAAGGGCUAUUGGAAAAGUGGACUGAGUUGUCUGUUUACACUCAAAUGCAUACUGCCCAAGUUUUCACUGGCAAAUUGGCUGCACAUUUACGCUUUUUCUGUUCUGCUAACAUAACAAAGCAUGUCAUAGAACCGGUCAAUUUUCUAUACAAAGCCAUAUGAUGGUUAAUUACUUUUUAAAUUAUUCCAAAACACAGUUAGAAAAAAAAAAUUUAACUGUAAAUUGGAAGGUAUGUUUGGGUUAUGAUAGCUUGCUAAAAAUCUAAACGUUUCAAUCGUUUGUCUAGUGAGGUUGCUCAGUGUUUGAAUCAGUAAUAGAAGACAGCUUUAAGAAAGUAUUUUUGCUUGCACAUUCUUUCUAGUCUGAUUAAUUCUAUUUGUUAACAUGUUUAUCCAUGUACACUGCUUUGCCUUAUGUUGCUGUCUGUAAUGGUCUGCGUAGGUUGCUUGUUAUCCAAGAUUGAGAGCAAUACCUUAAUAACUUCCCAUAAACUUUAUGCGCUGUCAACAACAGGAAAAAAACUGCAAUAUCUUCAUCCUGGAAAUGGAAAACAUAUUUUUGAUACACACAUAAACACUAUUUCCCUCAGCAUGUAUAUAAAUUGCAAUAGACUAGAAACAUUCACCCUUAAAGGACCAAAUUUGCACGAGACAAGCGUUAAGUUUGGGGUAUUAACAAAAUAAAAGCCAUUGGUUCAUUGUCCAGUGUUAAUUCAUGUAUGUUCAAGAAUAAUCUGUCCAGUUGUUGAUGUUAAUAACAAUCCCUUUACCUUAUAAAGCUGAAGGUACUCAGAAUUAGACCAUGUUGGUUGUAGAUCUCUCAUUAAUGGGUUGACAGCAUGUUUGGUCAGUCACAUGUUGUCCUUAAUACAAACCAAAAAAUAUGGUUAUGAAUGUGGUUUCACUCAGCACGGCCUACUUCAGAUGACUGGUCCAAAAAUGCCAUAACUAAUUAAAAAACACCAACACCUGCCUUUGACAUAGGCAUCAACACCAGUGUUUCCCCAACGCAUCAAAUAUCAAGAUGAAAAGUUCAGCACAAUUAGCUCUUAGUGAGAAGGUCUUUUUAUCCAGUACUUUAGCUUCUUACCACUCUUAAUGUAGUAAGGAACUCAUAAUGAUUGUAAAGGAUAGUUGUCUCAGUGGAUGUGAACCCUGGGACUAAUGUACAUGCCCCCUCUAGAAGCCACGUCCCGUUUGAGUUUGGGAAACACUGGUCUGAGUCCUACAUAUUUCUGUUCUCUCAUUUUUCAUUGUAAGUCAUGCCUAGAAACUGUUUGGAAUCAAUGCCAUACCAUAAUCGCACACACCUUACUAUGACCUAUCUUCACAGCAGUGGAGCUCAAGCACAAAAGGGCACUUGUGAGAAGAAAUACAGCUCAUGCAUGCACACUGACACACACCAGUGGAGACCAAUGAUGCCCGACCUGUGAAUAGUCAACUAUAAAUGCAUGAAGGGAAACUUUAUUGUGUCGGCACGUGUCUUUUUGAUGUAAACAGGACAUAAUGCUUUUUCUGCUCUUUCAAUUUACAAAACAAUGUAACUACUUUUUUUUUGUUCAAAGCAGCUUGUGAGUUUGUCAUCUGUAAUCAUUCUGAAUGUAGUGUAAACACAAAAUCCGCAUGAGAGAAACUAUUUUCUACUAAGGAUGUUUAUAAUUUGACUUU